UGUGCGGGCCUUCUUUGCUAAGUACAAGUACCUCAAAGUUGGAUUUGAGUAAAUGUACUUUUACUCUCCACCGCUAUUUAAACAACACGGCUCUAAAUAUCUGGAACUUUUUCAAUAAUUCUGAAAAAAAUUAAUGAUUAAAAAAAUUACUUUCCCUGACUUGUCAGUAGAUGUCGCUGUAAAGCUGCUCUCUGCUGCAAAAUCUCCUCGUGUUACGAAAGCCAACGCGCGUGAGGUUGUAAACAAACGAGUGGACGAGGGCGGCCAUUGAGCUCAAUGAUAUGAGGGCCCACCACUUCCCCCUGGCAGUGUUUGCCGGCGUCCUGUGUUUGUGCCAAAGCUACACCCUGAGGAGCUCGGUGUCCUGGGUCGUCUCCUCCAACGACGUGGUGGAGGACGCGGACCUGUCGGAGGAGGUCGCCCCGGCGUUGUUGGUGGACAGCGCGAGGCUGUGGAAGCAGGCGUAUCCGUCCUCCAACGUCCUCGGAGACGGCGCGGACAGCCCCGGAGAGCUAGCGAAGCCGGAGAGCGACAAUGUGGCGCAGCUCUCCUCUCGCUUGUUUUCGUAUCGGCUGGAGAAGGUGAAGAAGUCCGGCAGCGGUGGCCCUCCCCCGCACCAGGAGACCGCCAGGACCGCUAGAUACAUCGCUCACUACAGUGACUGGGGACAUCUGUCCACCAUUUCAACUCAAGACAAGAUCAAAGGUCUCCCCUUUGGCAACAUCUUCUCAGUCAGUGAUGGACCGCUGGACAACAGCACUGGAGUCAUCUACUUCUAUCUGACUCCAAUGGACUACACCGUAUCGGACCUGAGAAGUAACCCCUACGCUUCGCUCACAUUCUCAGAGGCUGAGGGAGAAUUCUGCAGGCAAAUGGUGUAUGAGCCGGAAGAUCCGAGAUGUGCUCGACUCACACUAACGGGCAAGAUGGUGGAGGUGGCCCCAGAGGAGCUCGGGUUUGCAAAGGAGGCAAUGUUCUCAAGACAUCCUGUGAUGGCAAAGUGGCCAGUGGGGCACAAGUGGUUCUUCAUGAAGCUGGAGUUGGUCCAGGUCUGGCUGCAGGACUGGAUCGGAGGCAUAUCACUCAUCCCGCUGGAGGACUACUUUACAGCCACGCCUUUCUGAGAACACCCCUCCCUGUGUGCAUCAUGCCAGCCUACACAGAUCCGUUCAGCUGUCUACACUAUAGACUCUAAUAAGGGGCAAUCGUUCCCAAAGCAGCCAUUUGGCAAUACUGUUGCUGUUUUAACUUUUUAAGUGAAUUUUCUUCACUGUUGCCCGAUAACAUCCCACAAUAUCGGUUCAUCAGUUUCCUGUGUUUGGUGUGUGAAUGUAUUCAGUCAUAGAACAUUCUACAUCAUGAUUAAUAAUUUAUGGGUUGACCUUAAAAUAUGUGUCCUGUUUGAAAAAUAAAUGAAUGUCAGCGCACACAA